AACCCCCGGAGCACAAGCCAUGCUUUCAUCCUGUGACCCGCUCAUUUCUGUCUCAGGCACAGGAAACCCCUAAACUCUCUCAGCCUUGCCCCAGUGUCUGCAAACACUGUCUCACACACCUCAGCGUGCUCAGAGAUGAGAAUGGCUGUACGAAGAAUGAAUGAGCUCUGGAAAACGAUGGGUCUGGCUUUAAUGUUCGGCUUUCUCUUGCUUCACAGUUGUCAGGGACAGAUCUCAACAGUUACGUCACCAGAUUCGUCUUCAAGCACGGCAGCAUUCCCGGCAGCAACCUCGAGAGCAUCCUCGACAGCAACCACGGAAGAAACCUCAACAGAAUCCCAGCAAGCAUCCUCUACAGUAACCCAGACAGCAACCCGGACAGCACCCCCGACAACUGAAGAUAUAACAGUUAAAGCUACAAACUCAAAUUCUGGGCCUAAUGAUCAAAAAACAACCAUCCCCAGCCAAACAGGUUCUGUUAACCAAACACCUCAAUUACAUACCACUGCCAGCCAGUCUACACCUGUAACAAACCAAACAGAAAAACCAAAUCAAUUAACCUCUGAUCUAAUGGAGAGCGAAAUAAAGGAAGAAAAGAGAUCUUCCCCUGAAUCUUCCCCUGAAUCUUCCCCUCGAUCUCCCUCUGAAUCUUCCUCUGAAUCUUCCUCUGGAUCCUCCCAUGGAGACUCUGGAUCUUCUUCUGCUGUUUUUGCGUCUUUGCUGGUGAUUGGCUUACUGCUUGCUGCAAUAAUUAUCGGCAUAUACUACUUUAAGUGCCAUCGCCGAAACAACGCCAGAGGCAUGAAACUGGCUGAGGAGUCUUACAUGGCUGACGAGGAGAACCAGGGCAACACUCUGGUGUCUGUGGACCCUCUAAACCAGCCUGAGCCCCAGGAAAAGCCUAGUCUUAACGGAGAGUCACAAGAGGCCGUUAAAGCCCAAACUCCUCCUGCUGCCACCAACGGCCACUCUACCACCAAAACAGCAGACACUGAGCUGUGAGCAAGCCAACCUGCCACCGAGGGUCUGGGCGGAAGGCUUAGUCCCUGCUUCUUAAACCCAGCUCAAUCUACUGCACUGAUCUUGGCCAUAAGGCACACGGGUGUCAAAGACUCAAAUUCCCACUGCAAAAUGCUAAAUGUUCAAUUUAAGUUCACACAGAACAACUUUUGAGGCAAACUGGUUAAGUAAUCCUCCUCCCGAUACGUUAAAAUAAAUGUACACAUUUCAAUACUGUAUGAAAGAUUGCUGUACGUUCAGAAAGCAGUUGUAAGUGCCAGUUACGACAGUGAUGAUUUAAACAAGAACAUUAUAUAAAUUCAAUCAAAAUAUGAAAAAAAAAACACAUUUUAGUUCAAGAGCUUAACCCUUUCAGUAUAAUACAGUACUGCUGUGGGGUGGGGGACUUUUCCCAUGAAUCAUUGCUGGCUUCCAAACGAGCAGCCAGGGCUGGAACGGAACGCCGGGAGGAUCCUUGCUCCUGUCCCAGCGCUCCACAGCUUCCAGCUGAGAGUAAAUCACAUGAUGCUAUAAAGAAACAUUCAGAAUCCAAUGGACGUGAGUUGUGUUUUUGUUUGUGAUGGAUUGUUUCUGUGUUUCGAGACUGUAUGAAAUGUUCCAAAUGUUCGUCUUUGUGUAUAGUAUGAUUCGACUAGUAAAUAGUCUUGUAUAAUUUUGUUAAUAUCACUGCAUGACAAAGUAAUGAUUCCUGGAGUUGCUGAGCAUGAGAAAUCAGUUCAAGCGUCAAUCCAUCAACUCCAUUUCAUUGCUGCAAACAACCGUUAACGUACCGUAAAAUUCAACCAAUUAGAUAUGCUGCAAAACCCGUUAGUGCUCAGGGUGACAGCUAAUUGUUAUCUGACAUUUCUGGAUUGUGUUACAGCUUUGCCGUACUUUGUAAAACCAGUAUUAUGCUCUUUUUGUAAUAUUUUUAUUCCAGACAUUUAGAACUAGUGACUUAAUCAUUUCAGUUACCUGCCUUAAUUACUAGAAGUUUCUUGGGUGGGUGGGUGCAUUUUAUUUUGUCUCUGCAUUUGCUACUACACUGUACACAAAGUCAUUAGGCAACAAAAAAAAAGGAUGUAAUUGGGUGCAGCUAUGAAACCCUGGACCAUCAUUUUUAGUUUGUCAAUUCACUCCAAUACGAUAAAAAAACAUGUGCAGACAUAAAGACACUACUUUUAAACUCAUAUCUAUUUUUUUAAUGUUUUACACUUCUUCACAAAAUUUCUGACACAAGACUGACUUAACUUGGGGUCAAAAUUUGGUGCUGGAGAGUGACUGUAUCUCUUAAAAUAAACCAGUAAGGAAUUAUGUUUUAAAUGUAGAUACAUAUGAAUACAAUUUCCUUUAUUUCAACUAUGACAUUUGUUUUAUCAUUCCGAUAUUCCGUCAUAUUUUGGAUCGGUGUACUAGCAUUGUGUUAAACUGAUGUAUGUUUGUGAUAGGAAUAAAGUUUUGAAAAAUAAA